CCUCUCUCUCUCUAUAUUGAUUUCUCUGUGCAGAUCUUCUUCUUCCUUUUUUUUUUUGGAAAAAAAAAAUCGAGUGAUUUUUGGGUGUUGGUUUGAGCUUCGAUCCUCGUAACGAAGAUAGUAAAUUUUGGUGUUUUUGCCUUUUUUUAAUUUGAGAUUGAUCGGUGUGAAAAAGACGAGAUCAUGUUUUUGUUCGAUUGGUUCUAUGGGAUCCUUGCCUCGUUAGGGUUGUGGCAGAAAGAGGCGAAGAUCCUGUUUCUGGGGCUCGAUAAUGCCGGAAAAACUACGUUGCUUCAUAUGCUCAAAGACGAGAGACUAGUUCAACAUCAGCCGACUCAGCAUCCCACGUCUGAGGAACUGAGCAUUGGAAAAAUUAAGUUCAAGGCUUUUGAUUUGGGAGGUCACCAGAUUGCCCGAAGGGUUUGGAAAGAUUAUUAUGCUAAGGUAGAUGCUGUUGUCUACCUCGUAGAUGCUUACGACAAGGAGAGAUUCGCGGAAUCGAAACGGGAGCUAGACGCUCCCGAAGUCCCGUUCUUGAUUCUCGGAAACAAGAUCGAUAUCCCUUACGCCGCCUCAGAAGACGAGCUGAGGUACCACUUGGGCCUGACCAAUUUCACGACGGGUAAGGGAAAGGUGAGUCUCGGGGGGGACUCGGGUUUUCGCCCGCUCGAGGUUUUCAUGUGCAGCAUCGUCCGCAAAAUGGGAUACGGAGAAGGCUUCAAAUGGGUGUCUCAGUACAUCAAGUAGAUGAAAUCGAUCAGUGUGUGUUUCACUGUCUUUGUUCCUUGGAUGAUCAAUGUCUAACUAAAUUCCCAAACCCUAGAAAAAUUGUCCGUACAUUUUGAAAUCUUUUAAGAUUUUUAUCAAUGACAUUUACAAGACAUGAACUCUCUCA